UUCCCUUGCCUUUUAAUCUGUCUCUCUACUUGUUUCUCAACGACCAAACCAAAAUACACACUGCUCUUCCAAACUCCAGGUCCUUCUACAAUGGCGAAGAUGAAGGCUUUGCUUUCUGGGUAUUUUCUGGUUCUAUUUCUAGUGGGACCUUCCAUGAAGAUUGAAGGAAUAGCCGUCUCUUUAUUGCAAAGUUAUGAGAAACCAAGUUUUGUUAGACCCUCCUUCUAUCGAAUUUAUGAUACUUCUAAGUAUGGCAUUUUACAGCUUAAAAACGGUUUGGCUAAAACUCCUCAGAUGGGAUGGAAUAGUUGGAAUUUCUUUGCCUGUAACAUCAAUGAAACUGUCAUUAGGGAAACAGCCGAUGCACUUGUCUUAUCGGGCUUGGCUGAUUUAGGAUAUGUGUAUCUCAAUAUAGAUGAUUGCUGGUCUUCUCCAACUCGAAAUCUAGAGGGUCAAUUGGAACCUGAUCCAAAAACUUUUCCAUCAGGAAUCAAAGCUCUCACUGAUUAUGUACAUGCAAAGGGCCUUAAGCUUGGAAUUUACUCUGAUGCUGGGGUUUUUACAUGCCAAGUUCGACCAGGAUCAAUUUUUCAUGAAAAUGACGAUGCCAAGCUGUUUGCUUCGUGGGGUGUGGAUUAUUUGAAGUAUGACAACUGUUACAAUCUGGGCAUUGAUCCAAAAAAACGAUACCCUCCAAUGCGUGAUGCAUUAAACAAAACUGGGCGUUUAAUUUUCUACUCCCUUUGUGAAUGGGGGGUGGAUGAUCCUGCUUUAUGGGCUGGGAAGGUAGGAAAUAGCUGGCGUACAACAGAUGACAUAAAUGAUUCAUGGGCCAGCAUGACUACCAUAGCUGAUUUGAACGACAAGUGGGCAGCAUAUGCAGGACCUGGCGGAUGGAAUGAUCCGGAUAUGUUAGAGGUUGGCAAUGGAGGUAUGACAUACCAAGAGUACCGUGCUCAUUUUAGUAUAUGGGCAUUAAUGAAGGCCCCUCUUUUAAUCGGCUGUGACAUAAGAAACAUGACAGUAGAAACUUUUGAGCUGGUGAGCAAUAAGGAGGUGAUUGCUAUCAAUCAAGAUCCACUUGGGGUUCAGGGAAGAAAAGUUCAAGUUUCAGGACCAGAUGGUUGCCGUCAGAUCUGGGCAGGCCCUUUAUCUGGACAUCGUUUGGCUGUUGCUCUUUGGAAUCGUUGCUCGAAGGCAUCAACUAUCACAGCUCAUUGGGAAACACUGGGGCUUCAAUCAAGCACGAGUGUAGCAAUAAGAGAUUUGUGGCAGCACAAAGAUGUAACCGAAGAUGCAGUGUCGUCCUUUGGAGCUCGAGUUGAUAGUCAUGACUGUAAUCUGUACAUAUUUAGUCCCCAAACAGAAGCUCUCUCGAAGAUCUAGAGCAGCCUGCUGCAUUUAGCAGGCUUCAAACUCAUGGAAUGUUCCACUCAUGUUUAGCUAUUCAAAGGUGCUUGGACCUUUGAUUAUGUUAUGUUCAUUGCAGUAGUUGUGUAUUAAGUGUUGUUGGUGCUUUACUGGAUAACAGGGACAUUGUCUUGUAUCAUUUGUACAUUGUUUCCCAAAAUAAGUCUCAAAGUUGUCCUA